GGGUCUCUCUCCGGUGGUUGAAGAUCCGGCGGCUCGGGUGCGAAGGAAGGUUGGGUGCCAAGGGUAUUUCUCUUUCUCUCUCUCUCCGGUGGUUGUAGAUCCGGCGGCUCGGGUGCGAAGGAAGGUUGGGUGCCAAGGGUUCCUUAUGUAGAGGAUCCAAAUACUCCGGAAGAAACGUUUUUUGACUUUAUAUUCGUGCUAAAAUCUCGCAAUGGAAACACAAAAACCACCAUCCGAAAAGCCACGUUCAGUUGAUCCAGCCAUGACUUCAUGCAGAAAGAAGAAAUCAGAUGAUGCUGGCUUUUUAGAGGAUCUGAGAGAUCAUAUUGAUGAAUUCAUUCACGCAUCGAUGGAUGAGCACAAGAAUUGCUUUCAGAAGACGAUUAAAAAGAUGUUCGGAAUGUCGAGGGCAGUCACACAGAGAAACGAAGAAAUUAAAGAAGCCGACAGCCUUUUGCCUCUUCAGACAACCGUCAGCCAGGAGUCGUCCUAGUUGCAGCUAAGUACUACUGCAACUGAUGUUGAACAAAUAAAUAGCAAGACUUUAAUUUAAACACUGUUGUUUCUUUCGUGCUACAGGCCAUGAUAUUUGAAUGCUGAGUCCAAACACUUAUCGUUUAAUGUUUUCUUAUUUCUUUUGCGUUCA